GCUUACUCCCGCCACGCGCUUUACUGGGAAUUCGCUGAUUUGAGAAUCCUGUGCGUGAUAUUUGACUUCGCCGGUGUGCAUUCCCCGCUCGACAGUCAGUGGGUCAAGAGAGCUCGUUUCAUCUGUGAGUUCGACUUUGCCAACACGUGUGUGCGAGUUUUGUACUUGCCCUUCCGAUAUCUCUUUGUAUCGUACAAAUCGUUUUAUCUGUUACAAUUAUUCGUACCCUUUACGAAAUUAAUUACAUUUUUGCCUGUAGUGAACUACCAAGAAAAAUGUCAUCAAUUCGAACCCAACUCAAUGGCAAUCGUUUAAAGCCUCCAACAAAUGAAGAAAUGGAUGGAUAUAUUGUCAAAGUUACCAAAGUACCUCCGCAUCUAGGACAAGACGCAAUUCAUGAUUUGUUUUUACAAUUCGGUCAAAUAACAGAAACAAAACUUGUACAAACUACUGCAGGCCCUAUAGCAUUUGUCACUUUUGCUUCGUAUGCAGAUGCUGAGUUAGCCAUAAAUGAAGUAUCUGACCAAAAACCAUUGCAUUUGCAUGUAGAUUUUGUUGACAAAAAUCUGAAGAAUCUUGAACCUCAUAAAAACUUUGAUCUUUCAAAACCUAUUGCUGACUUUAGAUAUCAGCCUGAUACUUUAGAAUCGACUCAAGGUAAGAAGUUUCUUGAAACAGGACCAGCUAAUUGUUCUCCUGCAUUACGUGCUACAACUCAUCCUACAGAUGAAGAUUUGUUGUAUCCAUCUCCUAUGGAUUAUGCAACUUAUAAUCCUUAUGAAAAUCCAGGGCCUUUCGAGAAUACAAAUCUUAUGUACACUAGAGGAAUGACUCACAUUUCAAAAGAUGGUCGGAGACAUAUUAGCUAUGGCCGGGGAUUUACCUACUACAGUUUGCCUGAACCAAAUUACAAUAUUGGAACUUGUUUGCAGAAUGUAUGUGAAAGACGUGAAAAUGGAUAUUAUGAAUUUGCUGAAGAUGAUGUUGAGGAUGAAAGUGGUGAAUGUGAAAUCUGUUCAAGUCCAACAGCAUUUAAAUGUGCCAAAUGCAAUUUAACAUAUUACUGCUCAAAAAGUUGUCAAGUUAAAGCUUGGCCACAACAUAAAACCGAAUGUCAACCACUUCCAAAAUUGAUUAAAAAACUAAAAAAAUUGGUUCCUCAAAGUACUACUCCAAUAGAAAAUAAAAACUGCAAUGAAACUGAGACACCAGUUGUUAAGUCGCUUCGGAAACCAAAAGUGAUGUUGGAACAAGAAUCUCAAAUCCCCAGUAAGAAGGAAAAUAAGGAAACAAAAGAUCUUCAAACCAAAUUUAAUGGUCAAAAGUCUGAACCUGUAAGCAGUAAUUUUCAAGCUCUUGCAUCAAGUUUUCCUGUUAAACAAAAACAACCAAAAGAACCACUUCAACAUGAAGAUAGAGUUCAAAAUCAAAAAUUAUCUGAAGUUGAAGAUAACAUUCGAUUUGAACCUCAAGAUGAUUUUAUCCCAAAAAAUCGUUAUGUUGAAGUUAGUGUUACAGCGGCUCUUGGAAACGGCGAAUAUUACGUUCAAAAAACGGAAGAUGCCCAAAAAAUUCAAGACCUUGUUGUAGAAAUAGCAAGUUAUGUUGAAGGUAAACCCAGAUCUGUACCAGACAUUGAUGUUAAAUGUUUGGUUGAGUGGGAUGGCAUUUGGUUCCGGGCUGUCAUUGUUGGUAAAGAUAACGAAAAUUGCAAGGUGUUUUUUGAAGAUUUUGGAACAUACGAUGAUAUAGUGGUUACACAGGUCAUUCCUAUUGGACCCUUUGAAAAUCAUCCCCUACCAAUGUCAAGGCGUAUCUGUUUUGAUGAAAAUUCAAAACGUGUUUUACCAAAUUUACAAGUGGAAGAUUGUGUACAAGUUAAAUGUAUCAAAGUAGUCAACAGUGGAACAAUUUUAGUUGCAAUAAAAGAUUCAGAGCAGCUGAAUAAGCAAAUAGAGAAUUUAUCUCUGAACAAGGACUCUUUGAAGCCAAAUCAUAAAUCUGCUAAUGAUCAAACUAAAAAUGUGACAGUGAAACAAUCAGAAUCUUUAGAUAAACAUUCAGUAGUAACGGAUGCAAUUGAUUGUCUAGAUUCUGUAUUUUUUCACUUGAAGGAAGGUGAAGAUGGUAUCAUUAUUUUUGCUGGUGAAUUAUCUCAUUUAGAGUAUGGCACUACAGUGGCUAUUCACUCUGACGCAACUCCCUUUGAAAAAGUGGUUACAAACUUACCAGAAUAUUGUAUUAACUAUGAUGGAAAAAAUGACCAGAAAAAUGUUGAAAUUGGUGGUAUGAUUGCUGUAGAACACAAUAAUGAUUGGUUUAGAGGUAUAGUUGUGUGUGUAACUCCAGUGCUCAAAGUCGCUUUGAUUGAUGAAUGCAAAAUCCUAACGCCGAAUAAAUAUUUACCUCUAAGUGAAGAAUUUAAAAAUGUUUACAAAUUGGGACUUAUUUGUACUUUUGAACCUGAAAUUGAACUGAGUGGACCUUUAGAACCAGCUGAGUUUACAGUCAUAGAAGCAUCAAUUAGUGCAGCCAAAAUUGUAGUAAACAUUGGAACUAAAAAAUAUAAAGCAACUCUCACUAAAUGGUGUGUUAAACCUGAACAAAAAGGAAUAGAGCGGGCACCAUUAAGAAGUGGACAAGAGGUGAUAAUUGUGGACUUUGUUGAUCAAGACACUGUAUAUGUACAUAGUCUAGAAGAUUCUGAAAAAGAGAGACGACAUCAACUAGAACAAAAAGUCGCUAAAUAUGCUUUGAAUCGUAAACCAUUAGAUAAAACUCCAGUUGUGGGUCAAAUGGUGUUAGCUCAAUAUGAGCUAGAUAAGAAUUUCUACAGAGCAAUCAUUAAUAAGGUUGAAGGAAAUAUGAUCCUUGCCAAGUACAUCGAUUAUGGUAACGUCGAAAUCAGCAAAAUUGAAAAUUUAUAUAUUUUGUCUGACGAUAUAAAAGAAUUACCAGCUUGCGCAGAAAAGGUGAAACUGCAAGGAGUGAAGAGCAAAGAAGAAGCUCCAUUAACUGAAGAAGCUUCGACUUAUUUGUCUCAGCUCAUAUCAUCUGCAGCCCCUUUAACAUGUACAUUUACUGGAGAUCCAACUGAAGAUGGUGUGAUCUUGACCUCAGCACAUAAAGAAAAUAUCAAUACUCAUUUAAAUGAUGCAUUAACACCCACUUGGGAGAAAGGGGCCGAUGCACAUGAUGGUAAAAAAGUAUGGACUUUAAACGAUCUGCCAGAUACUGUACUGGGCAGUGUUGGAGAAAAUAUUGAAGUUAUCCCAUUAGCUUAUUAUGUAGAUAGAGGACUUUUUGUUAUGGCUCCAAAUGAUGAAAUAGCUAUCCAAGCUCUACAUGUGGAUAUGGUUCAAAGCAUUGCUAACUAUGUGGAAAAAACUGAUGGUCACUAUAUACCAAGAGAUAAGGAACUAUGUAUUGCAUCAUAUGAAGGGAUCUUUUACAGAGCUAUAUGUUUAGCUAGAAAUGCAACCCCUGAUUCAAGCCGUGUUAUGUUUAUUGACUUUGGUAACACAGAAAUCGUUAAACAUACUGAUAUGAGAGAGUUUGUGGAAGAUUUCUCUACAAUCGGAGCUCUAGGUGUUCUAUGUUCUAUUUCAACUCUACUUCCUAAUAAUGCCAAAACCAAAGAAAUAAGUGAAAGAAUAAGAGAUUUGGUACCGCUUAACGAACUUAUAGAUAUUAAAAUACUUGGUAAAGAUGAAACAGAUAUCCCGGAUAUUGACAUACCGGUUCUCCGUUUGAAGUUGAAAGGAGAAAAUUUAAUUUAAAUGAACAUUUUUUUUAACAAAAAAAUUAGUUUUCAUUUUUCUACUUGAAAUAUCAUUUGUAAUUCAAGUAAACUAGUUUUUAUAAAUUCUUUAUCAUGGAUAUUCCUUUAUUUUUAAUUAAAAGAGAACUUUCACUUUACUUUCAGCUAGUGAAAAUAUUUAUUUUAAGAAGUAACAAAUUUCAUUUUUAUAAAAUUUUAUUGUAAUCGUCGACAAUAUAUCUUAUUGAACUUUUUUUUGGUAUGAAGAUAAUAGUUACCAAACCAUCUAGAUUAGUGACCGAAUUACUGUAUUAAUAAAAUAUUAUAGCAUUCUAAA